AUGGACUUUCAAAACGUAAAUCCAUUAAAUGUUAAAUUAAACAGAUUCUCAGGCAACUUGUUACCAAUGACUAGCGACGAUUCUCUAUUUCCUGUAGCAUGGAGAAUAUAUAGUGCCGUUAUAUGGUUGAUUGAAACAAUUCAAACUAGCGCAGUAGUUACCGGAAUCUUGAUUGUGCCAAGAAAUAAGGCUUUGCAGGAUGCAACGGUUGGCUUAGUUGUCACCAUACAGGUAUUUUUCUUAUUAAGACAAAUGCAUGUGCACAGAGACCUCGUAAUUCAAUUGAUUCAAAAGCUAAAUGAAAUUCUGUGCUCUGAGGAUAAGAUGAUGAAAAUCAUCGUGAGGUCAACCUUGAAGCCAGUGGAAAUUCCGUUAAAAUUUUACUGUAUUGUUGGUACUGGAUCCAUAUUCGUGUGGUGCUGCACGUCUUUCACGGUAAUCCUCAAGAAAAACUAUUUUCUCUAUGAAGAUUACAGGCUCCCAAUAGUUCUUUCAAAGCAACCAUUCUCGAUGAAAAUGUUUCUGUUGGGAAACUGCAUUGCAACUAUUGCCAGCGUGUAUAUGUUUAUAAAAAAGGUUGCCUUGGAUGUCUAUAUGAUUAAUCUCAUCUUGCUAGUAACAGCACAAUAUCGCUAUAUUGCUGUGAAGCUCACAACAAUAUUUCGAGAGAAUGUUCCACAGAAUCAGAGUAAUGAAUCUGAAAAGAAAUCUACUGUAGAUUCUUUGGCGGUCCUGAUAAAGAUGAAAGCGUUAUGUCGACAUCAUAACGCUGUGAUUCAGAUAACGCUAAUGCUAAAGGAAUUACUUUCUUUGAAUAUGAGUCUAAUGUAUUUGAUAAAUGUUUUUCUUUUUUGUUUUCUCAAUGUUAUGCUGAUAAGUGCAAGUGUAGAAAUAACAGAUAAAGCAUUUCAUGAGAAAUGGUAUCAGUUUGGGCCAUCAUUAAAACACAUGUUCAGAAUGUUGAUAAUAACUAAUAAUUUAGAGUGUAAACUGUCAAUCUCUGAAAGAUUUAGUCUAUCUCUGCCUUCAUUUAUGACGAUCUUGAAUCAAUCAUACUCGUUCGCACUUCUGUUUCUAAAAAUGAAAUAA